CGCUUUGUGAGAGGUACACGCACGCGACGUGAUAUGUUAUUGGUUUGUUUUUGUUAGCCGAGCGCAGGAUUCGUCUGUUUUGUGUGACUUUCACUGCGUUUCCCUUUUAGGACCGAUUGCGACUGUUGUGUGUUUUACAGGUGGAUAUUCUUGAAGGAUUUUGGCGGGUACUUUUUUUUGUAGCUUAGAAAUUCAUCAUCCAUGUGACGAUACGAAAUGUCUGUUAUCAAUAAACAUCCAGUACCGUCUAAAUUAAACACAAAUGGCACCUCGAAUAUACCUUUAAGAAGAACUAUGCAGAGACAACCAUCAUCCCCUAUAUCUUCAAAAAUUCCCGUCACAGAGGGACAAGCGGUACGAUGGAAACAGAAAUUCGAAGAAGCCGAAGAAAGAAGAAAGUCCUUGCUCACCGAGAAGGAGAAAGCUCUUCGGAAUUUGACGGACAUUGAGAAAAAGUAUUUAAAUUUGCAGAUAAAACAUGAGCAACUGGAAACUGAGUUGUUCGAGAAGAACGAAGAAUUCACCAAAUUGUCAACGGCUUCCAAAAAUCUUUACAAGGAGUAUGAAACGUUGAAGAACCAGUACGAAACCGAGACGAGGGCUAUGACCGGAGCCUUGAAAGACGCUUCGCAAUGGUACCGGGAAAACAAGGAACUGAAACGAAAAACCCUUCUUCUAAUGGACAAAGACACUGUCGACGAAGGCGUGGACGCAGGAGAAGGAGAAUCCAACUCUGAAACCGAUAUUGAAAAUCUAAACAAGACUAUCAAGCAAUUAAGUACGGAAAUAGCGGAGUUGCAGACCGAGGUGGAUAGUUUAAAGCAGACGGAAUUCCAGACAUCAGAGGAUAACAUUAGGUUGACCGAGGACUUGGAAACCGAACGACAGAAAAACAUAAAAUUGGAACUAGAACUGUUUGAGCUAAAAAAGGAGCACGAACAAACCUUAAGGGUUAUGGAGAUGAUGAAAAAGGAAAUGAAGGAAUUGCAAAUGCUAGAAGAAGAACAUAGGACAAAUCUCACAAAUUUAAAAAAAGAAUCUGAUGCCCAUAAGAGAGAGAAGAACGUGCUAAAACAUCAAAGUACGUUGAUUUUACAAGGACUGAAUGAAUCCGAAGGUUCGGAUAAUUGUUUAAUGUUGCUACAAGAGAUCGAAGACUUAAAAAGGACUUUAGAAGACGAGAGAAACAAACACGACGAAGAAAUUAUCACUCUACAGGAACGUCUAGAAGACCAGGACAAUAACGCUCAGAUAGAAGUCUUAGAAGAACGAUUGAAACUCGUGGAAUCCGAACUUCAAACUGCAACAGAACGUGCUGAAAGAGCUGAAGAAAAACUAAAAGCUCCUCCUGCUCCUCCACCGCCUCCACCACCACCACUACCACCGAUGUUACCGCCCCUUUCGCUUCCUUCUUCAGAUCCACCAGCGGUACCUUUGAGAAGAAGAAGAAGUAAGGUGGCGCUUUCGGAUCUUGCGGAAAGCAUAGGUGUACAGGAAAAUACCCAAUCAGAUAAGAAGCAAGCUGCAGCUCCUGGUGUAAACGAGGACAUUAUUAAUGCCAUAAAAGCGGGCCAGUUCACGUUGAGGAAAGCCAAAAAGGAGAAGGAGAAGCAAGAACAGAAGGAGCAGCCAAAGGCAGUUUCUGAACUACUUAAUAUUUUAGGUAGCUUAAGGAGAGCCCCCAAAAAGAGACAGAGUCAAUUCUAUGGGGAUUUAACUGUGAACGCAUGAGAUAUUAGAUACCGUUAAUUUGUUUUAUGUUAACCAUUAGAAUAUUUUGUAAUUUAGUAACAUAUUGUAUAUGCAUUACUAUAUUGUAUUAUUUUUGUUACAGUAAAGAUACUUUUAUAUAUUAA